AUGGAGCACACGGACAACCCCCUGCGGGGGGUUGGUCCCACGGAUUUCUAACUCCGAUUUCUAAUUCAGAUUUUGACCACAGUUAUAUACCUUCAUCCAAUCAGAUGCAUUUAUUCUACCCGAUUAACCAAUCAAAUGCGUAUUAAGCCUGUGAGAGCCUGAGAGGUAGUGGUAGUCAAAUUUGAACCUCUCUAUUUGAUAUAUACCCUGGGUGCCAGAGGUUUUCAGGUUUUUAAAGGUCUUGAGACAUUGUUUUGAGAGGGAAGCUUUAAUUUAUUACACAGGAAACCCUAGCUAGGAAACUUUCUGAAGGCUCUGGAACACAGGGUAUUUGAUAUAGGAACAGGAAAUAUAUAAACGAGGGUAUUGCAAAAUUUGCAUGCAAGGUCGUUAAUUAUCACUGAUCAUCAGUGAUGUUCUUACACGCCCCCUGUGGAAAUCAGCUUCGGUUGACGGGGUUAGCACGGUUAAAUAAAGUUCUUCAUUCAUUCAUGUUAUCACAAGUGUCUGAGAAAUGAAAUGUAUAAUAUUUGCUGCGGGUUUAUAAAGCCAAAAUUUAUAAGAAUUAGAUUCACAAGAAUUAUCUGUUCUAUUAUUUUCAGGAAAGGCAACAAGAGUUGGUGGAGAUCCAGGGAUUACUAGAUCUGUUUUACAAAAAAUUCAGGUACGAACUGCAACGUAAAGGAUUAGUGUCAAGGUCAUGCAUUACGGGCUUUUGUUAUUGUUUACAUUUUACUCAAAUACAACAAAUAGCGAUAAAAAUACCUUGCUUGGUACAUUUCUGAUAAAAAUCACACAAAAAGAGCAAGGAUUAGAAAAGGAUGGUUUAAAUAUAUGACGGAUUGUAAAUACUUUCCCGACCAUCUAAUCUAUUCGUCCCGAAAAGUGGCCGCCGACAGGAGUUUGAACCCGCGAAUUCCUGGUGUGACACUAAUCCUUUAAAGUAAAAUUUAGAGUUAUGUAAAUUUUGAAUUUCGUCCCAUGUAAUUUGCGUAUGAUAUUUGAUGAUUUUGAUCAAUUUGAUUUAAUGAUAUGUAUUAGAGUAUAUAGUAACAGACGAAAAGAUUGUUUUUACAAUUGUUAUAAUUAAUAUGUACUUUUACUCAUGUAGGUUUGUGAUGAACCAAAAAUGUAUGCUCUGGAUUCACCAGGUAUGCUUAGGGAGAAAUUGAUUUUCUCGCUCCGUGCAUCGUGUAUGAAAUAUAAACUCGUGCUGAACAUGCAUUACCGACAUGAAAUGAACACCACGGUAAAACGUACCGACUGCUUGCCCAUUUUCGCGGUGUUCAUCACAUGCUGUUUAGAAUUUCCUUUUGACUUAUUUUAGGCAUUACCUCGCAUCAAAUCGAUACGUUGGAAACAGGAAUGAAAUUGGCUCUCAUUGGUAAAUCGCAUUUAAAAUAUUGUCAAUUACUUGUGAAGUACAAGGUGUAUGAAAACUACUAUGAAAAUACCAAAAACAAUGCAGAGAUCAGUGUACAUGUAAAAACGUAUUAUUGACUUAAGCCGGUGUUCCACUAGGCGGAAUUUUGCGCGCGAAGUGGAAUGUUUCAGUUUCUAAUUAAUUCCACCCGAGAAAUCACAAGACAAAGAAAAAUUCCGCUCCGCGCGCGCAAAAUUCCGCCUAAUGGAAAACCGGCUUUACGACUGAAUAAAAUGCUAUAUACCGCCCCUUCGUUAACUAAAUAAGGAGCAACCUGCAUUUAGCAGAUUCUAAUUCACGGUGAUUCCUACGGAAUGCAAGCAGUUGCUGCGUGUAUACUGACGCGUACUUUUCUAUUCCUAGGUUGCUUUCCAGAUCACAUGAUUGGACAUCACGUCAUUGCUGAUUAUCUUUUGUAUACACUAAAUAAGCACAAUCAGUUUAGGUAAACGCGAAUAACCGAUCAAGUUACAUAAUUGGAUUUUUAUUGGCUACCUCGUGAACCUGCGUACGAUGAUGAUUGACUGUUGAACCUCCGGUUAAAGUGGUCACCCACUAACGGGAUAUUACUAUUACGAAGAAAUGUUUACUCUUUGGAGUCUUCAAAAAACUGCUAAAAGGAGCUUACCUUUCAAUGGGGUACUUAGGCCAAACCUUUUCUUUGGAACAAAUGUAAGGAAGGGGUCGGGGUCAUGCAUCCUGCGGAAUAAUUUGGAUUUUUAAGGUCCCUGCAACACCAUUUCCUGCGUUCGGAGGCAAGCUUUUACCUAAUCGUGGAAAAAGCACACUUCGAAUCAAGAAAACGAGGGCACUUUCACUCCAGAAAGGCACUUUUGAGAAAACUGCGGUUUAUACGGCUCCCGUGAUCCGCAGUUCCGCGGCCCGUAAAGCAAAGUUCCCCUGUGCUUUUUAUCAGAUAGAAAAGUCAUUGGCAGGGCCCACCACCGCGCUUUCUUGAAACCAUUAUUCUUCACGAGUAACCAACACGUUCUGGGUACCGUAACCAACACGUUCUGGGUAAUGGGCUAGCAAGAAUCAACCAAACACAGCUGACACGUACUAGACCUAUCGUAUUCGAUAGUCGUUGCUUUCAACAAUAAUGCGAUCAUUAUUGUUGAUAAGCAUUUUUGCUAUACAAUCAACAAAAUAGAUCAGUGACGUUAUAUGUAUUUCAUAUAUUUUAUUUCAGUUAUGUCGAUGUUUAUGAUCUUCCAGACCCAUGUGACAAUGUUGAUAUUGUUCUACGUUAUAUUGCUUGUAAAAUGAAAUACGAAACUGGUGGUACGUUCUUGGUUUGCUCUGUGAUUUUUUAAUAGAGAACUUGAGCAAGCGACGUUUUUGACAACACGUACGCCAACCGUAAGUCAGUCGAGCCAUAGAUGGCGAGUGAACGCCAGCAGUUCUUGCUUGAAAUCAAUGCUCUCUAAUAUAUACGUAACCACAUGGAAGUGGGUUUUCUUCCAUAGGACAUCUGAAUUUAUCUGAAUGAUGAUUAGUGAGGUUUAGAUGUGACGUCCGCUGCCAUUAAGGGACCAUUAGCCAAUCAGAUGUGUUUGAUAUAUCCGAUCAACCAAUGAGAUGUUUACUAAGCCAGUGAGAGGUAUAGUGGAAGUCAAAUCUGAUUAUUAGAGAGGUUCAGAUUUGACUACCACUACCUCUCAAUGGAUUACUAAACAUCUGAUUGGUUGAUCGGAUAUAUCAAACACAUCUGAUUGGCUAAUGGUCCCUUAAUGGUAGCGGACGUCAAAUCUGAACCUCACGAUUAUUUAUAACAGUGCCGACGUUUGAGAUAAUUCUGAUAAUUCACAUAUUCCGCUGAUAGCACAGUACGUGUAGGAAAUAAAUACCCCGCCAUACUGUCUAGGUACUUCAGUAACCACAUGUCCACGCAUCCACUUGUCAAACUUGUUGAUACAUUUCCGCACAGGAUCCCCUAAAUAUGUCAAGUAACAACACAAUAAGUCGAUGCCAAGAGGCUGGGUUGGCGAGGGAUUUACAGUGUAAAUUCUAUUGUUCCAGGUGGUUUGCCAGAUUAUCAUGCUGCAACUGUAAACUUCAUCUCGAUGUACCGUAAAGGAAAAUUAGGAACAUUUUACCUGGACUCCUGA